AUGCUGGCCGUCAUGGGCCCAUCUGGGUCAGGGAAGACCACCUUUCUAACUUGCCUGCGGCAAGACAUUUCCCACGCGGGCGACGUCCGGUUCAGUGGCGAGCGCUUCCACAGGGGCCUGCGGCGGCUGAUCGGCUUCGUAGAGCAGGACGACGUGGUCUUCCCGCAGCUCACCGUGCGGCAGUCCCUGAGCUUCCUCGCGGAGCUCCGCUUCGGGAUCGGGUCGACCAAGGCCGCUGCCCGUGUCGAGGAGGUAGUGGACACUGUCUGCUUGGGCCGCGUCGUGGACUCGGUGGUCGGCGAGCCUGGCCACCCGCAGCGCAUCUCGGGCGGGGAGCGCAAGCGCCUGUGCAUCGCCCGCGAGCUCCUGGGGGACCCGCGGCUCAUCAUCUGCGAUGAGCCGACGAGCGGGCUGGACUCGACCAUGGCGGAGCAGGUGAUCCGUGUGGUGAGGUCGCUCAGCGACAGCGGCAAGGUGAGCGUGGUGGCCUCAAUCCACCAGCCCUCUUCGAGCAUCUUCGCUGCAUUUGACGACCUCGCGCUGCUGAGGGAAGGCCACACCGCAUUCUUCGGGCCCACCAUGAGUGCGGAGGGCUUCUUCGUCGCGCGUGGCCCUCCCAGGGACCCCGUCCAGAGCGUAUCGGAGUACCUCAUGGACUUGCUUGUGCUGGACGAGGCAGGAGCAGACGUGGACAAGGAGACGGCGAAGCUCGGCAGGUGCGGCAGCGGCGGCUUGCCGACGGCCGCGCUGGCCCGGAUUCUGGAGCACUUUCGCGCGGAGGCGGCCAAGUUGCCCUCGCUGCCGGAGCCGGUGCGACAGAACACGAACAGGCGUAACCACGAGGCACCGAUGCUCCGGCAGGUCCUGUUGCUCACGAGGCGGCACUCCAACCUGCUGGUGAGUGAGGCAUUCACGGUGCUGAACCUGAUUCAGAACGUGGGCCUCAUGUUCAUCGCCGCUUUAUUGUGGUGGCGACUCAGCUUCACCGAGUCUGACGUCUUCCCUCGCUGGGGUGCCUGCAUGUGGACUGUGGGUACCUGGAUGUUUUUCCCACUCUUCGGGGGCAUUGGCACGUUCCCGUCCGUGAAGCGCGUGCUGGAAAAGGAGCUCCGCGUCGGCUGCUACUCCCUGCCGUCGUUCUACGUGGCCCGGACGGUGCUGCUGCUCCCCAUCGAGCUGAUUUGGCCCACCGUGUGGGUCACGGGCGUCUUCUGGAUAACCAAUAUGAGAACCGAGUUCUGGGUGUACCUGCAAGUGCUGGCGCUGGUCUACAUGUCCUACUCCGCCUUCGCGGGCGUCGGCUUGGCCAUCUCCGCCUCUGGGAUGCCGCCGGCACGCAGCGGUACGAUGGCCAUUCUGCUGAUUACCUUCUUUUUCGCCUGGAGCGGCUUCUUCGUCGACCUGGAUCGUGUGCCUCGCGUCAUGGCCCUUGCAGCUGAAGUCAACCCGUUCAGGUUCAGCGUUGAAUUGAUGAUGCAGAUAAUCAUGCAGGGUGACGUUGAGUUUGUCUGCGGCACGGCGGCGAGCGCGGGCGACGUGUCCAAGCUGGGAAAGGGCUGCGCGCUGGCGGCGGACGGAACCUGGGUGCUGUCAGGUGCUGCUGCCCUCGAGCGCCACGGCAUGACGACCGACCCGUGGCUGUGCGUGGCUAUCGUCCUUGCCGUCGUGGUCAUGUCCCGCCUGCUGGCCUUUGGCUUGUUGUGGUUGGACUUGCGCACGGCCAUCAACGGCGCCAAGGGGAUGCAGCAGCCGCCAGCUCAUUGUCCCGCGGGCGGCAAGGAGGCCGACGACGAGCCGUCGGCGGACUCGGUGACGGCGUGA